AUGGACGUCUUCAAGAAGGGCUUCUCAAUCGCCAAGGAGGGUGUGGUGGGCGCCGUGGAGAAGACCAAGCAGGGGGUGACAGAGGCUGCUGAGAAGACCAAGGAGGGUGUCAUGUAUGUGGGAGCCAAGACCAAGGAAGGUGUUGUGCAGAGUGUGACCUCAGUGGCUGAGAAGACCAAGGAGCACGCCAACACCGUGAGCGAGGCCGUGGUCUCCAGUGUCAACACCGUGGCCACCAAGACCGUGGAGGAAGCAGAGAACAUCGCAAUCACCUCCAGAGUGGUGCACAAGGAGGACCUGCAGCAACCUGCCCCCUCGCAGGAGGACAAGGCUGCCAAAGUGGAAGAGGAAGUGGCUGAGGCGACCAAGAGUGGAGGAGAUUAGAGGGCUGCAGGUGAGCUUGGAGGCCCUGAGGAACCCCAA